AUGGGCAUCCCCAUGGACGACAACAUUCACGCUCCUACAGUGGCCUCCGGACCGACGUCCGGGGCCACACCCCGCGACUAUUCUAAGUUGACGAUGCCCGAUCUCAUGCAGGAAAAAGAGCGGAUCGAGGCGGAGCUGUCGGCGCUCAGCAGUGUGCUCAGCUCGCAUGGAGUUAAUAUGACCACAUCCUUGACGACGUUUGACGGGUUUCCGCGCGACGAUAUCGACAUUGCCCAAGUUCGAACGACGCGCGUACGAAUCAUCCAUCUACGAAAUGACCACAAAGAUGUUAUGAAGUACCUCGAGAAGGGUUUGCACGCUCACUUUGCCCAACUACAAAAUGCGCAAGCCGCGGCCGCAACCGCCACCAGGAAUGGCACGACUGUUCCGUCCGCCAUACCCGCAUCGAUGGCAGGUAUCAGCAUUGCGGAUGCCAGCGCACUGGGUACACCGUUCGCACGAGUCAACAGCGUGGAGCCCAGGAGUCCAGCGGCCGAGGCAGGGCUGAAGGCCGGCGAUACUAUUCGAGGGUUCGGAGCCGUGCAUUGGCUGAAUCAUGAGCGUCUCUCCAAGGUUGCCGAGACUGUGCAGCAGAACGAAGGGCGCCCGCUUUCGGUCAAGGUAAGCAGGAAAAUCGACGGCGCACCGGGCACGACCGACCUGGAUUUGCAGCUGACUCCGCGACGCAAUUGGGGCGGUCGGGGACUCUUGGGGUGUCAUCUUGUUCCUCUGUAG